AUGAGAGCCACCGCGUGGCCAAGGAGAGCCACGGAGGAGGAGGAAACAUUUCAGUCUCGAGCUGCCGAAAGCGGGCGGGGGAGGGUUAAACCGACCCAAGGCGUGUUUUGCAGAGUGGCUUCGAAAGCGACCGAGGCUGCCGAAGCCGCUUUCGAAGUUAGCAAACAAAGCGUCUCCCCAGUAACCGCCGGGUUCCAGACGAGGCUCCUGCCACUCAGACCGCGGAGUCGCGGCGUGGGCCGGCCCCCCGGCUCCUCCUCCCUGCGUCCCUCCUCCCUCCUCUCCCGGUUCCCCAGCGGAUAUGAGCCACCAAUCCCUGCAACAAACAACCCUUCAAACCAGCUAACGAGGCGGCCCUCUAACGGGCGGCGGGGCGGCGGCCCCCUCCCCGCGCCACAUCUGUCCCGCACUCGGGCGCAGCCGCCGAUGCAUCUGCAGCCAACCCGGGAAGGGACUGCGCUCGGGGCAGCUGCCGGGCCGCGUCCGGACUGCGGGUUUCUCCCCAGGACCGUGUUUGCCCCCGCUCCGAAGCGUAGUCAUCCUUUGGCUGCCUUGGUCCUCCUCGGGUUUAACCUUCCCCGGAACGUCGCCCGCCGGGAUCUCCGUCGAGUGUCUGUCCGCAACGUGUCAGAUUUCGAAACUGCCUUGCAAUCCAGUCCGGAACUCGCAGCUUUAGCCCGGGGGGAACAGACUACGGUGUCAGUGUCUCAUCCCCCCCUGCCCCCCCUUGCCGUUGGAGGAAGAGAGCCCGGGAGGAGAAGGGUGCGACGCGUCGCGCCCGCGUGUCAAUGGCAGCCGCGCAUUCUGGAAGAAGUUGGUUCUUGUCCCGAAUACUUUUCCUCUCGCGCCCCGCCCCUUGAAUCAGAAGCGGCUGUCUUCUGCGGCCAGAGCAGGGCCCGUGGAGUUUGGGGCAGCUGUCAAACACGAGACUGGGAGACUUUUUUUCCGUGGGGUGGAGGAGGGGAGGAGGGGCGUCCUUUUUCCCAUCUGUUGCAAUUUUCUAACCAAACGCACCCUCGCCAGCCCCGAGAAGAAAGGCCCGAAGGAGAAACCCAGGGCGCUCGGCUAGUGUCUCCGCCGCCGCCGGGCGAGGGAUGCGGGCGGUGCGCGCGCGGCAGGCAGGAAGGAUCGCGUUUCUGGGCCCGGCCGCCCCCGCGAGGGACGGGUGACAGCGGCUGCCGCGCAGGGUCCAGUUCUCCCGGGCUGGAAGCGCGGAGGUGCGCCGAGCAGGAGCGGGGAACAAAGGAGCGGAGAGGGGAGGGGAGCGAGUUGGGCAAGGGAGAGACCCCGGCCGGCUGCCAGAAGAUCCCGGCAGGAGGAAGCCCAAGUGUCACUUGA